UGAAAUUCAUCUGACAUCACUUCCGCAUUGUGUCCCUGUGAGCGUGUUCCGGACACUGAGCAGAACCGAAAGAAAGCCGACAGUGUCAAACACACAGAGAAGAGCGAUGUGAGGAUUCGCUCUCGACAUGAACGCGCUGCGCUGCUUCUCCCUGCUGCUGUCAGUGUCAGUGGCUCUUGGAGAUUUGAGCCGUCCUCAGAAUCUCUCUCUUCAGACUCUCAACACACAGUAUGUUCUGCAUUGGGACUGGGCUGAUGAUCAGCAGACGGCCAUGAAGGGGACGCUUACCUUCACUGCACAGUAUCUCUCGCAUAAGCAGAAAUGGAGGACAGUGUGUGCUGAUGUUUCAGAGCGUCGCUGUGAUUUCACUGAUGCUGGACUGCAUUACAAGGGCAUGUAUUAUCUGCGUGUGCGGGCCAACACAGCACAGUGGUUCUCCAGCUGGACCAACAUCAGCUUCUGCCCUGAAGAAGAUGCUGAUUUAGGUCCUCCGUCCAGUGUGAAGCUGACCUCUGUUAAAGGAGAUCUAGAGAUCGUCAUCGCUGACCCUCUGAGCAGCACCAACGAGUCCAUGAAAACGCUGGCUCCCGACAUGCAUUACCUCAUCCAGUACUGGAAGCAGCUUGAAGGCUAUAAGAAGGCUGAAGUCUUAAAGACGAAGAAUAAUGUGGUGACGCUGUCUGAGCUGGACGGAUCAACAUGGUACUGCGUCAGAGUUCAGAGCUGCUGUGACUUCUACAACAAGACAAGCGUCUUCAGCGAUACACACUGCACACGCACUGAAGGACCGACUCCGUACUGGCAGAUAUUUCUGUACUUCCUGUUGUCGCUGGUGCUGUGUUUCCUGCUGGUGCUGCUGGUGUGGUUUUGCUUUUACAAGGUGUUGAAGUCCUUAAAGAGCAUCUUCUACCCAAACGUUCAACUCCCGGCUCACAUUCAGGAGCUGUGGGUGUCUGACUCGGAGAAGCCGCAGCUGCUCCCUCCUGAAUCUCCCAGUUCUGUCUGUGAACACCUGGACAUGAUCAGCGCUGAGAUGGACGCAGUCAUGGACGCCCAGAGCCUAAACUCUGAGGAUCAGGACACGAGCGCACCCAGCCGACACGGCAGCGGAGACUCCGGCUUUAACUCCACAGAGGAGGACUUCAGUCGACACGGCGCGAUCACUGACGUACAGACCGACGACGUGUGCAGGACGAACAGAAAGCACGCUGAAGAGCUGCAUGAUGGGACGCUGGAGCUCUGCGCUACGACAGAGGCAAACAGAUGACUCCGUUUUGUUUGUCUCUGUUCAAACAUUUGUCAUCUUAUUGUAAUGUUGUGACAGCAGCACCGUGUAAAUGCAAAACCUUUGGAAGUUUUAUGCCAUUUCAGCCAUAUUUUCAUUUCUGUAUUUAAACAUGCAGAUUCUUUAUGAUUCUUAUAGAAUCUUAAUUCAUGUUUUGUCCCUCGAUGUCUUUCUUUGUUCGCUUCAAAAGCAGCUGCGUUUAAAAAGAGAGUAAACGUCAGUAUGGCUGUUCUCACACUCAUCUUCACCCAGUGUCACAUUAAAAUGGACUCUAUCAUAUACAGUUGCCUUGUUCUUGUUCAGAUUCUGUAUGUCUGUAUCACUCCAUCAAUGACGACAGAGAUUUUAGAAAUGGUCUUAUUUUCAGGUUGAUGUUUUUCCACAUGGAGAUGGAUGAUUACAUUAAUAUUUGCUCCUAGGAAGGAUUUUUUGUUCCACUGUUUAUUUCUAUUUUUAUUUUUUAUCACAUUUGUUUGUAAUUAGAAUAGCGACCAUUGCAGAUCCGUUUGUUCUUCAUGUCAGCAGUAGCGCGAGAACAUGGAGCACAUCAGAAACAGAACAAGGCAUCAGUUUGUCUGGGGUUUGUCGUGUGUAAUAGUUGACGCAAGAAGAACCUGUUUGUAUUUAAAGUGCCGAACUAUCCUGCAGUAGUUUCGAUUUGAGCCGUUUGUGUGCUGUAGGCUUUUGGUUUGCUAAUUAUAAAGGCAUACAGCUGUAUUCACUCAAGCUUUGAUCAGCCACAUAUUUAACCAGGGAUGGACUGGGACCAAAAAUCAGCCCUGGCAUUUUGGCCCAGACCGGCCCGCCACCAAACAAGAUCACAAAUACCACCCGUCCUUGCGCUCCCCUGCCCUGAAUAUGUAUGCCAACUCCUACUCUUUAAAACUACUAACGCCAUGUAAUGUGUAAGCAAGAAUCAGUGAGAGUUGACACAUUAAAUACUGUACUUCAAAAAAGUGGUGUUGAAUAAAUUGUAAACUUACCCAAUCAAA